CUCUCGCCAACUCUCGGCGACUGAUCUUGCAAUGCCUGGUCUCAAAGCUUCGCCGAGGAGCUUGAGCCCCCUAUACAUUGCCGGCCCUCUAGUCCUUAUCGUCGGGCUCGUUCUUGUGGUCCAGAGGCCGUCGGAUCUCCCAGCUGAGCUCGACGAGAAGUUUUUGAAUGAGAGGGCGGCGGAGAUCGAGAAGACCCUUCACUCCCUGGAGGGAAAGCUAGCUUCAGUCAAAGGCAAGGGUUCAGCCCCUCCUUCGAUCUACAGGAUGCCAGGACAAGAGUGGACGGCUGAGGAUGAGGAGGAUUAUGACAAGAAGAUGGCUGAGGCGGUGGGGGAGGAUGGGACAAGGCCGUACAAGGGUCUGAAGCUUCCUCCUUCGUUUCUUCCCAUCUCUGACCCCAAGGUGCAAGAGUCCUAUGCUCAGAACCUUGUAUCCCUCCUGCGCAACAUGAAGGCGGGGUAUGUGGAGGAGAUGCUGGAGUGGGCUGAGAGCGGCAAGUCCACUGAGAACCCUUACAUCUUGCCCAUCGUGGAAGGGAUUGAAGCUCCUCUCAUCAAGAACUUGGACGCCGAGGCUCACGAGCGCGUGAAGGAGACUGUCCGCGACGUCGGGCUGCGAAAGAACUUGAAUGCUGAACAGAUGAAGAAGAUGCGAUCCAGGCUCUUGGUGCCACUGCUCCUGAGGAUAAGGGCCCGCGUUCAUCAUCAGGUGGAGGUCUAUGUCAUCUCGAUGCUCAGGAGAGUCAUUCUUGGCUCGUCCCUGCCUGGCUCUGGUCACUCGGGCAGCGCAAAGAUGGGGAUCGCCGCUCCGUUGGCUGGGGAGCAGAACAAGCCGUCCGACGACAUGCAGAUGGAGUACGAACUGCGUGACAUCGACGGGCUCUACCAGAAGGGUGUGAUUUCGAAGCGCGACUAUCACGCUCAGAAGGCCAAGGUUCUGUCCGAAUGGCUGGGAGUUGCGAUCAAGCAGAUCGGUGGAAAGUCUGCAGCCAGGAGGGCCCUGGAGGAUUUCCUGUGGCCUCCUAUCAAGACUGUGUCCGGCUGCCGUUGCCUCUUGCCCUUCAAAUAUGACGUCCCGGAGCUCAAGGACCAUACCAUCAAGUACGACGUCUGUACAGACAUUGGGUCACCAGGGAAGGCAUGGUGUGCAGUGGACCCUGCGGACGGGGAGUGUGGCAAGUUUGGAUCCCCCAAGAGCUCCAGCGAUCCCAAGGCCACAGUGAAGGAGGGAGGGUAUGGAUGGACUCACUGGGACUUCUGCAUGAGCCAGCCUGCUCCUCACGAUGAGAAGUUCUUGCCCUCCCCCGCUCCUAAGGUCGUCACUGAGAAGGGCUGUACCUGCAAGCUCCCCUUCGAGUUCUACCCCAGGUCGCUCGGGGGGCUGCAGAAGCUUGAGCUGUACGCCUGCACCCUACAUGGCGGCCAUGGCACUCACUGGUGCGCCACGGAAGGAUCUUGCGGCCGCACCGGAACGCCAGAGAGCAAGUACGGCGACUCGAGACUGUCCUGGACCCAUUGGGACAAGUGUGUGGGAGAACCGGCGGGCUUCUUGGCCUUGCCGCCCAAGCCAGCCACCACUGUUCAGGGAUGCACGUGCAAGACGACUUGGUCGUUCGAGCCGUGGGAUCUCGGGGGCAAGAGGGUCAUCUACAACGGAUGUGUUGAUAUCGACAGCCCGGGCACGGCAUGGUGCGCGGUUGAAGGAGAUUGCGGUACGACGUCCGCAGACCCCAAGGCAGGAACCAAGUCCGGGCAGUAUGGAUGGACGCACUGGGACAUUUGCGAUGACAAGUAUCAGCCCACGGAGCUGGUGGCUGACUUGAGCAAGGGCAUUGUGCCCCACCCUUUGCCUUUCGUCCGCACGGAGAGUGGCUGCUCCUGCAUGUUCCCCUUCAAGAUCGCCAACGCGGAAACCAACCACGAGGUGAAGGAGUUCAACACCUGCCAGAGGUUCGGCAUGCAUGCGGCUUGGUGCCCCGUGAAUGAGCAGAGCUGCGGCAAGAAGAGCGACUUGCCGCAGGCGUACAAGGGGCCGGGAGGCUUCGGGUGGUCGAGGUGGGACAAGUGCAUCGGAGAGCCUGCUGGUUUCCUGGCUCCCCUCAAGCCCAAGUUGAUGACCCGCCAGGGCUGCGUGUGCAAGCAGCCGUGGGUGUUCCAGCCCUCGAGCCUCGCUGGACAGGAGGUGACGUACUUGGGCUGCACUGAUAUCGGCAGCCCCAACCAGGCCUGGUGCGCCAUCGACCCUGUGGAGUCGCCCAACUGCGGCAUCCAGAGUAACGACCCCCGCGCUAAACUGACGCCGAGGGGGUACGGGUGGGACCACUGGGACUACUGCAUGGAGCAGGUGGAGUCGCACGAGCAGGGAGUGAUGCCCUACCCCUCCCAGUCCGUCAGCACGUUGCAAGGCUGCAAGUGUAAGAUGCCCUACACCAUCACCCCCCCGGGCCUCGGCUACUCCGUUACCCUCACCACCUGCACCCGCUAUGGCCAGACCAAGAGCGGCAUGGAGAACUUCUGGUGGUGCCCGGUGGAGGAGUCGACGUGCGGCUACACGGGCAAGACGGCAUCGGGGGAGACGAUGCAGUGGGACAAGUGCGUCGGAGAUCCUCCGGGAUGGUUGGAGCCGGAGCCUGUGAAGACUGUCGACGGGUGCGAGUGCCUGCUCCCCUUCGAGUACUCCCCGCCUGUAUUCGGCCAGAGCAGCAACCGUAUCGUCUACACGUCCUGCACGGACAUCUCAAGCAGCAAGGGAGGCGCCUGGUGCGCUACCAAGGGAGCCUGCGGGAAGAAGAGCAACAGCAAGAUGGCGCACACGGGACCCGGAGGGUUCGGAUGGACUCACUGGGACAUCUGCAAGGAGCAGCCGGAGAAGAGGCCGCUCAUAGCUGGCACCGACCAGCCGCAGCUGCCCGACGUCAUCCCCAAGGUUCGCACGCAGAAUGGCUGCACGUGCCGCCUGCCCUUCAAGUACGCUCCUUCCGAGCUGUGCAAGGUGAAGCCGCUGAAGGACUCGGCGUGCCAGCUGGAGGGAGGAUACAUGCAGCAGGGAUGGUGCGUCAUCUGCGAUGACAAGACAUACACGGAAUGCACGAGGGCGGAUCAGGACGCAGCAUGGUGCGCGGUGGAGGGGUCUUGCGGCACCAAGAGUCAAGACGCUAAAGCGAUCAACGGCCAGUAUGGUUGGACACACUGGGAUCUCUGCAUUGGCCAGCCUGCUGGAUUUCUGCCAGUCCGAUCGGUUGUAGUGAAGGACCAGCGAAGCUCCUUGUCGCAGCAGCAUGCAUCCACGGUCACCGUAGAGAAGGUCGUGAUGAAACACGGGCACAAGGCCAUCGAGCGUGUAGCUGAGCAGGGGCCCAUUGGGCAUGAGAAAGUUGCGGCAAAGGGUCAGAAGAGACGGGGAAGAGAUCAGGAGAUGAAGCAGCUCGAAGACGAGAUGAGAUCAUCCCUACACACGUUAAAUAAGAAGCUUCAGCAGCUCGACGAGGAAUCCGCUGCCUCGUCCUCCUCACCUCUCCUCGCCAUGGCGACUUUGUGUAACCUUGUGGUGAU